AUUGUUAACGCCGCCGUCAACCGGUGAACACGGCUUUUUUGCGUGUACGCACAAACAAGAGGGAAAUUUUCAGUGAUUGUGAUCGCAAAUUUCCCGCCUCUAAUUAACUCAUUCAUUUUCUGCCAAGUGUGUUGGGAAGAUUAGCGAGAAAAGUGUAUACAAAAAUGAUCAGAUUUAUCUUCCUAAUCAGCGUAUUGCUCUUCGUGAAGUCAUCGCUUGCGGCUAAAUUUCCUGAUGACAUUCCCAAAUGCAAGCCAGCCGAUUUACAAUGCUUGCCGGAAGUCAUCACAAAGGUGAUUCGGAUGGUUCCCAAUGGACAUCGAGGACUUCACCUCAUUCCCAUUGAUCCACUGCACGUUGAUGAGAUUAAAAUCACUCAGGAGCGAGAGAGUCCUGUCAACAUCAAUCUCAUGCUCAGCAAUACGGACAUCACGGGAUUGAAGAAUCUCGUAGUGACGAAAGUGAAGGGCUUUGAUAAAGAUCCCACGAAUGUCGUUUUCGAGGCUGAGGCGACUCUGGAUCGCGUUAUGCUGCUGGGUCAGUACAAGAUUGACGGGCGUGUGCUGAUUCUGCCCAUUACGGGCAAUGGCAAGAGCAAUCUGACACUGGACAACCUCACGUUCAAGAUCAAGUUCAAGACGUCGCAAACGUACAAAAACUCCAAAGUGUACAUUCAGACGAAAGACUUCCUCUUCAAUUUCGGCACCACCCGCCUUCACAUCAACUUCGAGAAUCUCUUCAAUGGCGACCAAGCGCUCAGUGACAACAUGAACAGGUUCCUCAAUGAGAACUGGAAGGAUAUUCUGGAUGAGUUGAAACCGGCCAUAAACGAUGCAUUCUCGCAAAUCUUCAAUCACAUCAUUAACACGAUAUUCUCAAAGAUCUCCUACAGUGAUAUCUACCUGGACUAGACGAGUUCAACAAGCUAAACAUCGUCAUCUGUGAACAAGUGUAAUUGAUACUUUUCAUACAAUCUCAGCUUUCUCAAUUAAGACGAUUCAAUCUCUCAGGCAAAAUGAUAUUCAAUCACGUACGAUGUUAAAAUUUACUCAAGAAUGCAAAAUUAUUCGCAUUUGCACUUGCUGCAAUUGAGAUCUGCCACGUGGAUAAACUAGAAAAAAAACUUUGUAUCAUAUUCCGAAGUGACAUGUACAUAGGAAAGUUUAUUUAAGCGUUAGGAGAGGCAUUAUUUAAAAAAAAUUCUUUUCAAGUCUUCUACAAUUAUUAACAACAAGAUGUAAUGAUAUAAUUUAUUCAUCGAGAUUCAAAAGAACACUUGCAAGUUAUAUAAGAUAAUUGUUGUACUUUUAUAUCAUAAUACGAAAAUUACACAUCAAUAAACUUUAUAUGAAAGGAAAACAACUCCCAAUUCUGUCUCCCC